UCGUGCGUGGCUGACAGACUGGGUCUGUCUGUUGACAUCGCCGGGUGGAAGCGGGGUAGCCGGCCGACAUAUCAUCUUUCAGUCGCUUCUCGCUCGGCGUCCGCUAAAUAGACGGGUAUUGUUCGGGUAGAUGCGGCGAUGGUAGGCGAACAAAGCGGGCUUGUUUGGUUGUCUAUGAGAGAGGGGAGAGCGUGACAAUGGACGCGGCAAGACAUAUGUAGGUAUGCACGCUCCACUGGCUGGGCUGAGAGGGAUGGGCUUGAUCUACUUGUCUGCCUGACUGCCCGGUCGGACGCUCACAUUCCAGUCGAGUCUGGCAUUUGUCCAAGCUUGACUGCCACAGUAGCGAGGACAUGGGGCGUGGCUGCGACAGCUCCCUACACUACCUGUGUCCCACAAUCACACGAGAUACACGUGUAUUACCCGCCUGGUGGACCCCAGACACACUAAGAAGCACCGUGACCCCGAGGCCACACGUUAACGUGGUCUGACGUGAUACCAGAAGGAGGGUAGUUUACUAUUAAGGAAUACAAUCCAUGGACUAAAGUUAUAAUCUCACCUGAAGGAAUACUGCUGUGUUAAACCUCGGCUGGCUUUGAGGAAGACGCCAAUGUGCAGGUAGAGAGGGCGAUGGCGACUGGUCCAGCACUGGUGGGAUGUACUGCCUGAGUGUACAUCAUCAACACACUCCCUCUCUCGCUAAACACCUGUAUAGCCAAGGGACCAGAUUUACAUCUAGAUGUAUCUGUGUGUCUUGUAAAGGAUCGACCUCACCUACAUGUGUGUGAUUCUACUGAAAGACUGAAAUCUCCUACAUGAAGAUAUGCAUUCAAAUAAACCAAGAGGCAUUCUUCCUUAUUUGUAGACGAUCAACAACACAUAAGAACAGGUGGAUCAGGGGACACUAUGGCGAGUGCUGACGUGGAGGACGGAACAGCAGACUCCAAAGAAACCCAGGACGUGGAAUCGGAGCCACUUGCCAAAAGGCAGAAGAAAGAGAAAUACAAUCUUCGUCAAAAGACGCUGGUGACUCGCAUCCAAACUGAGGAGAGGUUGGUGGCGCCGAAACAACCGAAGCCCAAGAACCGACCUCCUCCCCUCAGUAAAUACCGUCGGAAAACUGCCAACUCUCGAGAGCGAGGUCGCAUGCAGGAAAUAAACACUGCGUUCCAGGAACUGCAGACCGCGCUGCCGACUCAAUGUGUCCAGGCAACCGACGGCUCCAAUCUCACCAAGAUCACAACGUUGCGUCUGGCUGUUAACUACAUCGCGGCACUCCGGCAGGUCUUGGGAGAGUCGGGCAGUGCUGGAGAUGGUCCUCCUGCCGCAGGGGAAACCUGUGCACAGACGACUGACGCCGUUGUUGCUGAUUCUGGUCAUCACGGUGCUACCGACGUUGUUACUGACGUUGUUACUGACGGUGCGCCCAAUAGUCUGCACGGCGGUGGGCCUGUUGUGGAGGGCGGUACUGUUGCCAGCAAACUGGAACAACCUGACCGUGUCGUGGAUAUCCAACAGAGUUCUCAAGAGACAACAGAGCGUGACCAGGGAAAUAUCCAGGAUAGUGUACCAGGUGCUUAUACCCGCUGUGUGUUUGACUCCCAGGGGAGGACGGAGACAAGUACCUGUUAUAGGUCAAGGACGCACACUGAAGGUACUGAUACUGUUCAUGGCAUUAAUGACGUCAAACGACCUGAGAGUGACCUUCCCCCCCUGACUGACGUCAUCUUCCCCAUACAACACAAUGUACAACACAGUGUACAACGUGUAAACAGUUGUAUAGAUGCAGUGGUAGAUACUGACUGUAGUCCCCUGGAGAACGGUGUCCCUUCAUGUUUAGGAGAGCAGUGUUGCGAGGCAAUGACGAGACCGGCGCCUCCGUACCCAUACAGCACUGUUGGGGAGUCUGCGGGGGGUCUGAUCUGGAGCAUGCCACCCUAUAGUCAACUGCCAACAUACUCGGACAUUAACCCACUUACAGACGUCUUGACGACAAACGGCGAAGCAUUAGCGAGCACCCCCACCAGCAUCUUCGUCAACGACGACAUGGCUAUAAUAACUGAUGAUUUCCUAAACGAUUAAACCCCUCGAGCUCCCAUGAACGAUCGGAUGCAAUGACGUCGGCAAUGCUAAUAGUGUAUAUUACGUUAUGCUGUAUUCGUUGAAUAUGUAGUAUUAGACAUUGGAUUAUAAAGGGCUCAUACAAUUUUUUGAAGACUUAUGUAGAAAAAAAAUAUGUUAUACAUCAUUUCUGAAUGUGACGAUAUUCACAACAAUCGACUUCAACGUGUUGCCAGUUGGUCCCUCUAGACAGAUUUCAGAUUUGUUACACGUUCAGGUGUCGGUUUCUUACACCUUCAGGUGUAUAAGUCACGGUUGAGCAGUGAUCCCCCCAGGGCAGAUAUUGUAUAAUGAACACGUGGUGGACACGUGCACAACGUACACAUUAUCUAAAGGAUAAUGCAUGGGGGGAACGUGCAGAACGUAACGGUAUCUGGGAUAUAACGCACGUGUGGCACGUAAAUAACGUGUACACUUUCCAGAUAUUAAUACACGAGUGACGCGGGGUUAACGUAUACACUAGCGUUUUAAGCACGUGUCACGUGUGCAUAACGUGCAUUAUUCCGGGUGUAAUGCACGUGUGACACGUGAAUAACUCAUACACUAUCUUAGGGAUAAUGCACGUGUGACGCGUGCAUACCGUGUAUAUUAUCUCAGGUUUGAUGCACGUGUAACACGUGCAUACCGUAUACAUAAUAUACCUGACCAUUGCACGUGACGCAUGUCUAAAGAAUACAUUAUCUAGCGUAUAAUGCAGGUGUGACGUAUGUCCAACGUAAACGUUAUCUUGGGUAUAAUAACGUGUCAUGCGCAGAACGUAGACAAUGAGCAUCACGUAUUCGAGGCUAUUUUACACAUGUUAUACAACCUCACGAUGCUUCACGAGAUUCUGAAGCGGACAUAAAAUAUACAACAUUCUUUAAAGUAUAAAUAUACAUUAUUUUUUAUAUUCACAAUGCGUCUUAUAUCAAUAAAUAAUUAUCUGUGAA